AUGUCUUCCACGGAUGCCCCCAACCAGCCUGGCGUCGAGGCUGUCAACCUGGUCAAGGAUGAGCUCACGGGCGAGAUGAUCUCCAAGUCGGAGCUCAAGCGUCGACUCAAGCUGCGCGAAAAGGAGGCCAAGAAAGCGGCCAAGGCGGCAGAAGCUCCUGCGCAGCCUACUACUGCGGCGGUCAAAUCGGCGGCGGCUGCUGAAGAAGAGCUCAACCCGAACCAGUACUACGAGCGUCGAUUCCGCACCAUCAGCGCUCUGCGCGAGUCCAAGAAUCCGGAUCCGUACCCGCACAAAUUCCACGUCUCGAUCUCGCUCUCCGAGUUCAUCUCCAAGUACGAGGGCAAGCUCGAGGCAGGGCAGCACCUGGACCAGGAAGAGGUGAGCAUUGCGGGUCGUCUGCACAACAUGCGCUCCUCCGGCCAGAAACUUCGCUUCUACGACCUGCACGGCGAAGGCGUCAAGGUGCAAGUGACAGCUCAGCUGCAGGACCAUACGGACGGCGACUUUUUCGCGAUCCACGAGCUGCUCCGUCGUGGCGAUGUGGUGGGUGUUACGGGCGUGCCUGGAAAGACAAAGAAGGGCGAGCUCUCGAUCUUUCCGAGCUCGAUCAAGCUGCUCUCGCCGAGUCUCAAGAUGCUGCCCAAAGCAUCUCAAGGCGACAAGGGCGGAUUCACCGACACCGAGCAGCGACACCGUAAGCGAUACUUGGAUCUCAUCAUGAACAAUCACGUGCGCGAUAUCUUUGUGAAGCGCGCCAAGAUCAUCAACUACGUACGACGAUUCCUGGACAACCUCGGAUUCCUCGAGGUGGAGACGCCGAUGAUGAACCAGAUCGCAGGUGGCGCGACAGCCAAGCCGUUUGUGACGUACCAUAACGAUCUGAAGCUGGAUCUGUUCAUGCGGAUCGCGCCGGAGCUCUUCCUCAAGGAGCUUGUCGUCGGCGGUCUAGACCGCGUUUACGAGAUCGGACGUGUCUUCCGAAACGAGUCGAUCGACCAGACGCACAAUCCGGAAUUCUCGAUCUGCGAAUUCUACAUGGCGUACGCCGACAUGUACGACUUGAUGGACAUUACCGAGAGCAUGAUCUCGGGUUUGGUCAAGGCGGUGACGGGAUCGUACAAGAUCAAGUACCAUCCGGAUGGAAAGGACGUCGAGGGGGGACGCGAGUAUGAGAUCGACUUUUCGACGCCCUGGAAGCGAUUCGACAUGAUCAAGGAAUUGGAAGCUGCGAUGAACGUGAGAUUCCCUCCGGCGGAUCAGCUGCAUACCGAAGAGACACGCAAGUGGCUUUCGGAUCUAGCGGCUAAGCACAAUGUGGACUGUUCGGAGCCACGCACGUCUUCGCGGCUGAUCGACAAGAUGACGGGCGAAUUCAUCGAGACGCAGUGCAUCAAUCCGAGCUUUAUCGUUGGACAUCCGCAGGUCAUGUCGCCGCUCGCCAAGCGACAUCGCGAUAUCCCGGGGCUCUGUGAACGAUUCGAGGUGUUUGUUGCUACAAAGGAGAUCUGCAAUGCCUAUACCGAGCUCAACGAUCCUUGGGUACAGCGCGCGAAUUUCGAGGAACAGAGCCGUCAGAAGGACCAGGGCGAUGACGAGGCACAGGGCAUCGAUCAUGUCUUUAUCGACGCCCUCGAACACGGCCUGCCUCCAACCGGUGGCUGGGGCCUCGGCAUCGACAGACUCGUCAUGUUCCUCACCGACUCCAACUCGAUCAAGGAGGUCCUCGCUUUCCCUGCCAACAAGCCACUCCCUACAGACAACAAGCCUGCCCCCAUCCCUGACACUCUCCCCCACCCGAACUCCUAA